GCACAAAAGCCUCUCCCUUGCCCCAAGUCUCGGGGCUGGGCUUCGUCAGGGAACAUCGGGGGCGCUCCCCGACCUGUGGCCCUGCUCCUUCUGGGCUGGGACGUGCCCCAGAGCUGGGGACAGAGGCGGGCAGGGGCUGGUGGCAGGCAGGCCGGAGGGAACGCCGUCCUUUCUUGCAGAGCCUGCAGCAGUCGUGCCCUGGCACCCCCAUCGUCAUCCUCCGGGAUGUGCAGAGCGCCCCGAAAGCGGCGUCCGCUGGCGAGCACAAGCCCGAGACCAUCCGCCUCAUCACCAAGGACUUCAUCCGCGACCUCGUCGUCCCGGUGGAGAACCCAGCAGCAUCCCUCAUCAUCGGCCAGGAAGAUUUCCAGAGGAUCAAAGAAGCAUCCCGAGUCCUGAGCAAGGAGGAGCGCGAGGCCAAGCUGGCGGCCCUCAAAGCAGAGAAGGAAGCUGUUCUCGAGGCGGUGAGCGAGCGCAAGGCAGCGGCGAAGCAGCGGGCCGCGCUGCAGCAGCAGAAGGGCAAGCUGAGCGACCUGGAGGAGGAGGCGAAGGAGCGAGCCCAGCACCUGCUGCAGCGGGCGAACAGGAUGCGCAUGGAGCAGGAGGACGAGAUCAAGGAGUUCAGCGAGCUGAUCCUCGGGGCCAAGUGCCACAUGGUGCGCGACGCGCAGAUCCUGGAGAAGCGGCUGGUGGCAAAGGAGCUGGAGGAGGAGGAGAAGCGCCUGGCCGAGAUGAUGGAGGUGGAGAGGCAGAAGGCCAACCAGAUGCAGGAGGAGCUGGAGCGCCGGAGGAAGCAGGAGCUGAUCAGGCGAGCUGGGGGGGGGGAG